UUUAAGGUGACUUUAGAGAAAUGUUAGUACUCUCACCGCCAAAGCGUUACAUAUUUAGGCGCGUGGAUUAUCGUACCAUUUCGACAUGACAAUACAAAAGCAGACAUCACCAUUUUGUGACUUGUAUUUGCCUCCCCUCCGUCGAGAUUGCGUCUAAGGGCUAGUUGGUUGUGAGGAAUUUUUGUGUCUCUUUUUAUUGUUAGUGCUAGUACUAGAAAGAAAGUAGUAGCCAGAAGUUAAGAGUACAUUCUAAAUUCGUUUUCUCAAUAAAGUUUUCCCCUUUUUACUCUUUCUUCUCUGCUUCUCCAAAAAUGUGGUCAUCAACCAGUAGCAGCAGGGGCAUUUCAUCUUCUUCUUCUUCCAAAUCAUCAUCUUCUACUACUUCUUCUUCAUCUCGUUCUCCAUUUUCUCCUUCAAAUCAUCACCUAAAUCCAAGACUUAAAACCAUGGAAGAAGUUUGGAAAGACAUUAAUCUUUCUUCACUUCAAGACCAUACUACUACUUACUCUAGAGAUCAUGAUCAUCAUCAAACUGCUAAUUUUGGUGGCAUGAUUUUACAAGAUUUUUUAGCUCGGCCUUUUGCUACUGACCCUCAACCACCACCAGCAGCUUCUCCUGUUCCGGCUACUACUAUGCUGAAUUUGAACUCAGUUCCAGAGCUUCAUUUCUUUAGUCAAAACUCAAUGUUGCGCCCACCAACACCUAUUUCUCAAGUCCCAUUUGAGGGCUUGGCUUCUUCAGCUGCUAAUGGAAGAAAAAGGAUUCCUGAAAUGGAGAAUAAUUCUGCAGGGGACAGGAGAAAUAAAAGGAUGAUCAAGAACCGUGAGUCUGCUGCUAGAUCAAGGGCUAGAAAGCAGGCUUAUAUGAACGAGUUGGAACUGGAAGUUGCCCAUUUAUUAGAAGAAAAUGCGAGGCUCAAGAAACAGCAGCAACAGUUACGCUUAGAAGCAGCUGUUCAAGUUCCCAAAAAGAAGUCUCUCUAUCGGACGUCAACAGCUCCAUUUUGAGAAACCUCAGAGGAAGUUUGAGAAAAAGUCUACUACUUUAGUAAAUUUUAGAAGACUUAAUUGUCAAGUGCUAAUUCUACCCUAUUGCUACUACUAUUAAAAACUAUUUCUGCUACUCUUCCCAUUUGCCCUUUUUGUAAAAUCAACUGUUAUUUGAUUGUGGCCUUGUGGGCCGGCCGAUGAAUAUCUCUCUCUCCCCCUAAAAAGGAGAAAUAGGUUGGGAUUUAAGGAAAGUAUAGGGCAAUUCAAAUGGGAAGACGGUUUAGUCUUUUAUGGCAAUGAAAAAUAGCACCAGCAAACAAGCUGGAAUUUU